AUGGACGAAUCUAUAUCUUUAAUUCAAGAUUUAUCACUCAAGGUCCAACUGGCACGCCCAGGAUCAUUGGUUGAAGACUUUCGGGUGUUUAAACAGUUUAACGAUUCCAUUUCAACCACACCAUACCAAUUUGAUUUCAUCAUAGAAAACGAACGGGGAAUCAAAAUAUUUGGUAUUCCUUUAUUCUCUCACCGAUCACUUCUCCCUAUUAUCGAUCCAUCAAACUACCAAAACAUCAAUGGGAAACGUCUCACAGUACCGCUAUCUAAACUAGAAAAUUAUCCUUUACCAGAUUCAAAUUGGGAAUGGGAAUGGAGCCAUUGGUACGUGUACAUGUACAAAGAUGUCGACCCCCACGGCUGGAUGUACUCGAAUCUUUUUUUCCAAUGUGAUAAUGGCUGGAAGGGGAAAUACUAUUUUGGCAACACCAUCCGCAAAAGAGUCUGGAUCCGGUUAAGAAAGAAACGAUGA